AUGUCAUCCUCAUCCUCCUCUUCUUCUUCUGGUUCUGGAACUCAUUUCCACGUACAUCCCCAUUCUGCACAUCUAACUGCGAACGGAACCGGAACCGGAAAUGGAAACAUGAGUGUCCCGCCAAUCCAACCUGCAGGAGAAUCAUCGAUAGCUCUGGAAGAAGAAGAAGAUCAUGAUUACGAGAGUUUACCAGUAGGAAGUGGUUGGGCAGUCAACAUGGCUGCUGGAGCUAUGGCCGGUAUCUCUGAACAUGCUGCUAUAUUCCCUGUUGAUUCCAUCAAAACUCGUAUGCAAGUACUUCCAGCAUUAAAUCCAAUACUAUCACCACUUGGCGCAUCUACCUCAUCAUCCGCAGCAACAGCAGCAACAACGGCAACAGCGGGAGCAGGAGCAGGAGCAGGGGGAGUAAGACCAUCUCCACCACAAUUAAAUACAAUCAUGCAACACGUCAGGUCAAUAUCAACAACAGAAGGUUUACGUUCACUCUGGAGAGGUGUAGCUUCAGUAAUAUUAGGUGCUGGUCCAGCCCAUGCAGCUCAUUUUGGAAUGUACGAAUUCGUGAGGGAGAUAAGUGGUGGUAGGGGUGAAGGAUGGUCAGGUGUAGCUGGAACCGCUUUAGCUGGUGCAGCAGCAACGAUAUCAAGUGAUGCCUUAAUGAAUCCUUUUGACGUGAUUAAGCAAAGAAUGCAAAUAAGGAACUCGCCUCAUCGAACCGUAAUAUCCUGUGCGAAAACGGUCUACGCGAGAGAAGGAUUAGCUGCUUUCUACGUUUCAUAUCCUACCACUCUGACGAUGAGUGUACCUUUUACCGCCGUUCAAUUUUCCGCGUACGAAAGUUUGAAGACUCUUCUAAAUCCAGAUGGGAGUUAUAGUCCCAUAACUCAUUGUACGGCUGGUGGAAUUGCGGGUGGAUUGGCUGCGGCCGUGACCACCCCAUUGGAUGUUGCCAAGACCCUCCUCCAAACUAGAGGAUCAAAUUCCGAUCCUCGUAUAAGAGCAGCCCGAUCAAUGGGAGAAGCACUGCGGAUUAUACGAGAUAGAGAUGGAUUGAGAGGAUUAAGAAGAGGAAUGUUACCCAGAGUGUUGACUGUCGCUCCUAGUACAGCUAUCAGUUGGAUGAGUUAUGAGUUCUUCAAAGUACUCAUAAGGCAAAAUGGACAAUUCCCCGAAACAGGUCAAAUGGCUUAA